AUGUUUGAGGACGAAGAAGGCAAGGUUAAUGUAAUAACUGUUGUACCCCAAAUUUUCUACUAUAUCAAUCCCAAUUUUGUUACUAGGUUCAGAGAUAAUUAUCCACUACUAAGGAGAAUUGCCGCCAUUGUUGUCCCUAUCAUUAUUAUGUUGAUACUCUUUCCUAUUGGUUACUACUAUUUUCUAAAGAGAAAGGGAAGAAAGAGUCGUAGAACUAUUCUUCGAGAAAAUUUUGGUGAAGAAAGUGCCACUUUAGAAUCAAUGCGAUUCGAGUGGAUGGUAAUUGAAGCAGCAACUAACAACUUUUCUAAAGAUAAUUUCAUUGGCAAAUGUGGAUUUGGAGAGGUUUAUAAGGGUACCCAUCUGGAUGGACGAGAAGUUGCUAUAAAGAGACUUUCAAUAAAUUCUAAGCAAGAACACGAGAAAAUACUUAUUUAUGAAUUUGUGUCCAACAAAAGUCUUGAUUAUUUCUUAUUCGAUUCUCAAUGCAAAAAGUUGUUAACUUGGGUUGAACGCUUCAAUAUCACUGGAGGAAUUGUUCGAGGAAUUCUUUAUAUGCAUGAACAUUCCCGACUCAAAGUCAUACAUCGCGAUCUCAAACCAAGUAAUAUUCUAUUAGGUGAAAACAUGAUUCCUAAAAUUUCUGAUUUUGGUUUGGCUCGAAUUGUUGAAAUAAGUCAAGAUGAAGGAACUACAAAUAGAAUUGUUGGAACAUAG